AUGCAGCAAAAUGAAGAGCAACGCUUGGCAUCCCCCAUCCUCUUGACAAGCGUCAACGGAAGCAACAAUAAUACAACCUACGCAGCAGUUUCUGUCCACAAGUUUUAG